AUAACACAGGAAGCGGGGGAGUUUAUGAUCACAUUUCCCUAUGGUUACCAUGCUGGCUUCAACCAUGGCUUUAACUGUGCUGAAUCCACCAAUUUUGCCAGCAUCCGGUGGAUUGAUUAUGGAAAAGUUGCCACGCAGUGUACAUGCAGUAAGGACAUGGUGAAGAUCUCCAUGGAUCCGUUUGUCAGACGAUUCCAGCCGGAUCGCUAUCAGGCUUGGACACAAGGCAAAGACUCAUGCUCAUUGGAUCACACCCUGGCCACACCCAGCACCACACCAGAGCUGCAGAGCUGGCUUCAGAGACGUCGCAGAAAGCACCCUCCACCACAAGUCUCCAUUAUCCACGCACAUGCUCCAAACGAUUGAAGACUGUGGACACCGCACCAGUGAAGGGAGGUAGUCGGAGGAGUAGAGGGGCAGCUUUAACAUCAAAAGACAAGGAAGAGGAAGACACAGUGAAACAACAAAAAGAAUCGCAGUACUCAACCGAAUUAAGAGGGCUCACUGGUCCAUGUCGACAAAUGUGUGUUGUUAAAGUAACAAGAGUGGAGAGUGAUUUGCUGGCCCACUCUACCACACAAGUCAAAGAUGCUUCACCUGAGCGACUCUCGACCCCUCCACUUACCUCCACAUCCAGUCAGAGUGACCCUGAUCCUGGUCACGCAAGCUCCCAGACAUCUGUAAAUUUGAAUGAAGGUCGAGUAUCCACAAACACAGUUUCCACUGCACAGCCUGGGCCUGAACCAACCUCAGAGAGUGACAUCACUGUGGAUGUGACUCUGGACUCAGAAAGAACUGCUGAAAGUCCUAAUCAAUCAGACUGUGAAUCUGUCUCAGAAAUGAGUGCACCUUCUGUUCCUGUGACCCAUUCACAGAGACGUAGCUCCACUGGUGCUGCAGUUUUAUUUUCGGAAAGUGAUUCCCAACAGGCUAAAAUUGAAACAGAAGAGACGGUCGCUGAUAUCUUGACUGAGAGCAGCAUCGAUUACGGCACAUCAGCACUUUACAAGGAGCAAAGCUCGAUCCGUCUGCACUCUGCUCUACAGGGUUCAGAAACCUUGGAGAACAGAACAAACUUUGAAAUCCAGACUGCUCCAUUUUGUGAAAUGCCUCUUCUAAUGCCUGAGCUCACAGAAGAGAGAGUCAAUCCUCAUUCUCUCGCACCUGAAAUGCCCUCGCUGACUCUUGCUGUACGACCCGAAUCUGCAAAUCACAGACCUCACAGUCCGAGCAGUACUGCACCUGUUCUCCAUCUGGAAAAAUCACACUCGCCUCCUGUUAUAACAGAUGAUGCGGGGACUUGUUCUGAAAAAGCGUGUCCCAACUGGCCCUUUGUUGUACCCCAAGAAAGUGCAAGCCAAUCACAUAAUACAAUCUCAGACACCUUUAUAGCAAAACCAGCAUCUCCUUCUUUGGUGACACAGUGGGAGCCACCAGAGGAGUCCAAACAGGAAGGACAUGAACACACAUGCCCGUCUACAGACCAGAACACUCAACAUGAGUCCAUUUCGCAGUUUAAAAUCACUACUCACAGUAUUUUACAACAUUCUACAGUAGCAGACAUGGAUUUUAUAGAUUCCCGCAACUCUGAAAUGACCAAUAACUCAGCAGAAAGAGGGGACAAACAAACUUCUCUAACUCUUGAAGAGCAGACUAGCUCUCUCACGUCCUCCCAAGGUCCCUUCGUCGAGUCCAAACCCUUCACCAUUUGGAAAAACCUCAAUUCCCAGAAUCCCGCAGUGCUAAUUGAGAGCUUGCAGCCCGAGCUGGUAAUGGGUCUUACCACAGGUGUAAGCAGUCUCACAGAAUAUGCCCAUGACUCUCUGCCCUACACCAUGUGGUCCGAAUCAGGGUGCCAACAAGAAAAGUUCCCAGAUUCUCCGAACUCUUCACCAUGCACCCAGACCUGGACCAACCUGGAGCCCAUUCCCAUGCAGUGUUGUAGUGCAGACGUUUCUCUAAAUGCCCCCUUAGAUCUCAAGCAGCAGAACGUCGAGGUGGAACCAGCUGAAGCUUGUGUGCUCAGUGAGCAGACAGGCUCUCAGGAACCUCUCGAGGAAGAUUUUAAAGGGCAGGAGUAUUAUGAAGGUGUGAAGUCAGAGCAUGAUGGGUCUGUGAGCGACUCUGAUUCGUGUGAAUCGGGAGAAAAAGGUGCUGACAGCAGCAGUGAAUCCAGUGAGGAGAACGCCAUGAGUGACCCAGAGUAUGAGGGACCGGGCCUGGAGCCAGGGGAAGUCUGUACAUAUCACAUGCAAACUGUUAAGAAGACUACCAAGAGUUGGCGUCACCCCCUUAGAAAGCCCACAGCAAGAGCAGUACCCAGUGCUGUGAAACAGCAGGCUGCCAGCGAUGAUGAGACUGUAGAGGAGUGUGAAACUAAAGAAGAAGAGCCAGAAACUGAGGAAUGGGCAAAGCCUUUAGUGCAUCUGUGGCAACACAGAAAACCUCAUCUUCAAUAUGAACGAGAGUACAACACAACUGCAGCUCAAACUGCUCCACACUGUGCUGUCUGCACCCUUUUCAUGCCAUACCAUCAGCCUGAGAAUUUAGAGGAGAGAAGGCAUGAUGUCUUGAUGAGUGCUGCCACAGAGUCUCAGGGGUCAUGUUCACAGGAGGCAGGCUUGAGAUCGCGACCUUUGAUCCCUGAAAUUUGCUUUGCAUACCAGGAGGGCCCAUGCCCCUUGAACACACUACUGGAGGAGGAUGGAUCCAGUCCUCUUGUGGCCUGCAACAGCUGCUGUGUUCAAGUUCAUGCCAGUUGCUACGGUGUUGCUGUUCAUGAUGUUAGCCCAGUGUGGACAUGUGACCGAUGUGUGAGCGGAGACUUUGCAGCUGGAUGCUGUUUGUGUAACCUGAGGGGAGGUGCAUUAAAGAGAACAUCAGAUGACAGAUGGGCCCAUGUGAUGUGUGCUGUGGGUCUCCCGGAGGUGAAGUUCAUAGAUGUGGUGAAGAGAGCUCCUAUUGACAUCAGUGCCAUACCUGUACAGAGAUAUAAACUGAAGUGUAUAUAUUGCCGAAACAGGAUAAAAAAGCUGUCUGGAGCAUGUAUUCAGUGCUCAUGUGGCCGUUGCCCCACCUCUUUCCAUGUCACCUGUGCACACGCUGCUGGAGUGCCCAUGGAGCCUGACGAUUGGCCAUAUGUGGUUUUUAUCACCUGUCACAGACACCAGUCACGAAGCUCCAGUUCUAAAGUGAAAGUUAGCAAAAGUGAAUUAGAAGUGGGCCAGACAGUGAUCUCCAAACACAAGAAUCUUCGUUACUACAGCUCACGUGUUACCCAGGUCACGGCCCAAACAUUCUAUGAAGUCAUGUUCGAUGAUGGCUCAUUCAGCAAUGAUACAUUCCCUGAAGACAUUGUAAGCAGAGAUUGUGCCCAGCUUGGACCUCCUGAAGUGGGGGAGGCUGUUCAGGUGAAGUGGCCCGAUGGACUUUUUUAUGGAGCCAAGUACCUUGGCUCUAACACUUCAUAUAUGUACCAGGUGGAAUUUGAAGAUGGAUCUCAAGUAUUGGCGAAGAGAGAGGACAUUUAUACACUGGAUGAAGACCUGCCCAAAAAAGUCAAAGGUCGUUUGUCCACGGCAUCCAGCAUGCGUUUCCAAGAUGCAUUCUUCACCACACAAGGUGAAAGGAAAAGGCGACGCACUCCAAAUUCUCGCUUCCAGACGGAUUAUAUCGCCCAUAUCAGCCCUCGAACCUUUGCCAGGAUCUCAGAAACGCGCAGUAAAGCCAACUAAUGGAUGAAUGGAGUUAAAAGAGCCCUUGAAUGACAAGAGGGGCUGUUUUCAAUUGUGUUUGAAGAUUGUACAUCAGUGAGAUCAUGAUUUUUAAAAGUGGCAGAAAUACUGUGGUCUCAUAAGUCAGGGACAAGAAUGUUUUUCUAAAUUAGAAGUUUUUCCUGUUAUAUUUCAGAGGUUUUUCUUGCCUCAAAUGGUAUUCUGUAGCAUCGUAAUCUUGUAAUUUCCUCCCCAACACUGCUGAGACUAAUCUCACCCGCAUGCUUGUUUUGUAAAUGAUUUGUCUUGUAUCAUGCACCAUUCCUAGUCACUGACACUAUUAGCGUUGAGCUUAAAAUGGUAUAAAUGCCAAAUAAAAAAAAGUUACUACUGAUGUCCAGCAAAGCACAUGUCACCUUUUACUUAAAAUCAUGAUUUCUUUAUUUAUUUGGGGGUUUAUUUUUUCUUUUCUAUGUGGUGCUUACAGCUGUUGACAGAAAUUAAAGAUGUUUGCUUUGUGA